AUGGUCGGUGGACAUAUCCGAUAUGCAAUCCCGGAGGAGAUGAAGAAAGGCUCUCUAAUCGGUAAUGUAGCUCAGGAUCUAGGUUUGGAUCUGAAAAGACUCCGUUCAGGGCGGGCCCGUAUUGUGACCGGAGAAAACAUCCAGUACACCGAGCUGAAGACAGACAAAGGGACUCUGGUCGUGAAUGAGAGAAUAGACCGAGAGCAGCUCUGCGGAGACGUCACACCGUGCAGUUUCAGCUUUGAGGUGAUUUUAGAAAACCCUAUGGAGCUACAUCAGAUUACAAUUGAAAUAACAGACAUAAAUGAUCACUCGCCAACGUUUGAAAGAGAUAGAAUCAAUUUUGAAAUCAGUGAGAUAGCUAAUAUUGGCUCUCGUUUUCCAUUGACUAGUGCAGAAGACCCUGAUGUGGGUGUAAAUGGACUCAGAGAAUAUUUUCUGUCUGAUAAUGAUAAUUUUGUUCUGAAACAAAACUCGAAUGCAGAUGGAAACAAAUACGCUGAAAUGGUGUUACAGAAGCCUUUAGACAGAGAGACAAAUCCUAAACUAUCUCUCAAGCUGAUCGCCGUAGACGGUGGAUCGCCGCAGAGAUCUGGUACAGUAAAAAUAGAUAUCGUUGUUCUUGAUGCCAAUGAUAAUGCACCUGUUUUUAACCAAUCUGUGUACAAAGCUACAGUGAUGGAAAACUCUCCAAAAGACACUUACGUUACCACUGUUAAUGCUAGUGACGCAGAUUUUGGCUCAAAUAGUAUUGUAACGUACUAUUUUUCAGACCUAAACAGUGGUCUCCGUAGUAUGUUCACAGUAGAUGGAAAAACAGGUGUAAUUCUAGUUACAGGUUCAAUUGAUUAUGAAAAGGACAAAAAAUACGAAAUUAGAAUCGAGGCAAAGGAUCAGGGAGGAUUGACGGAUUCUUGCAAAGUGAUAAUUGAAGUUAGUGAUGUGAAUGACAACACCCCCGCUGUUAGCGUGAUGUCAUUCACUAGUCCUGUGUCAGAGGACUCUCCUCCUGGAACAACUAUUGGGAUCAUAAAUGUUAAAGAUCUUGAUUCAGGUGAUAACGGACAAGUGAACUGUAGAAUUGAAGAAAAUGCACCUUUUAAGAUUAAAUCCAAUUUAAGAAAUUAUUACACUUUGGUCACAGAUACUGUAUUAGAUCGUGAAAGUGUUUCAGAGUAUAACAUCACUGUAGUUGCGACAGAUGCAGGUAUGCCUCCUCUCUCGUCAAAGAGAACCUUUCAUUUGAAGGUCUCUGAUGUGAACGAUAAUGCACCAGUGUUUCCACAAGGUGUUUAUAAUGCGUUUAUCACAGAGAAUAACUCUCCAGGUGUGUCUGUUAUCACACUAAGGGCCAGAGAUCCUGAUGAAAACCAAAACGCCAGAAUAUCUUAUAUUCUGGAAGACACUAAUAUCGGUGGAUCUCCAGUUUCUGGUUUUGUCUCAGUUAAUGCAGAAAGCGGAGUAGUGCACGCAGUGCGUUCAUUUGAUUAUGAGCAGCUGAAAGAACUGGUUUUCGUGGUCAAAGCGCAGGAUGGAGGCUCCCCUCCACUCAGUAGCAACGUGACAGUGAAAAUGGUGAUCCAGGACCAGAACGACAACCCCCCUCAGGUCCUGUACCCAGUCCAGACUGGUGGAUCAGUGGUGGCUGAGAUGGUGCCUCGUGCAGCAGAUGUGGGCUACCUGGUGACUAAAGUGUGGUGUGUUGAUGUGGACUCUGGACAGAAUGCCUGGCUCUCGUAUAAACUGCAGAAAGCCACAGACGGCGCGCUGUUUGAAGUGGGCUUACAGAAUGGAGAAAUCAGAACUAUCCGCCAAGUGAAUGAUAAAGAUGCUGUGAAACAAAGACUGACUGUUAUAGUGGAGGACAACGGGCAGCCGUCUCGUUCAGCUGCAGUCAUUGUUAACGUGGCGGUGGCGGACAGCUUCCCUGAAGUGCUGUCUGAGUUCACUGACUUUACACACGACAAGGAGUACAAUGACAACCUGACUUUUUACUUAGUGCUGGCUUUGGCUGUAGUGUCCUUCCUCUUCAUCACGUGUGUAGUGGUUAUUAUAUCAGUGAAAAUCUACAGAUGGAGACAGUCUCGCACCCUGUUUCACUCCAACCUCCCUGUGAUUCCAUAUUAUCCACCACGUUACUCAGACACUUUGGGCACAGGGACUCUCCAGCACGUGUACAAUUACGAGGUGUGCAGGACGACUGAUUCCAGAAAGAGUGACUGUAAGUUUGGCAGAGCUGGUAGUCAGAACGUGUUGAUAAUGGACCCCAGUUCUACAGGGACCAUGCAGAGGAUACAGAGUGAGAAGAGCAUCCUGGAUGAACCAGACUCUCCUCUAGAG